CUUCUGAUAUAGUUACCUGAAAUCUCUUAGCCUCACACCAUACAGCAAGCAAUCACAUUCCCUUGUAGCCUAAACCUUGCUCUUUCAAAUUUGACUACCUAGCUUUCUGUUGCUUUCUACAUGAUGAAGCAAUGGGCAAGAAUGUAUGACACACCACUUAUAACACACCAAUUUGUAGCUACACAUGCAGGACUACAUGAACAGGCUCUCACCAGUGGUAUCAACUUUGCAGGUAGUUUCCCCGAAAACUCGGAUUCCGAGUCUAAACAUGACAAGAUGGUGCCUUCAUCAGUCUCACCUCCUCCAAGUCCAAAUGAAGUAGUCCCUCGACUAUCUCGAGGUACCGCACUAGCAGACGACGGAGGCAUUAUAAUGCUUGAACACCGUGAUCUUCCUUCAUGGACACCACUGGUUGUUUCGGAUAGCGAAGGCAGUAUGGACGAGUUCCCUUUAGGUGUGAAAAACUCAAAAGCCUCGCCUUCGAAUGCCAGAAAAACGCUGUCGCAGAAACGCCAAAAAAAUCCAGACCGUGGUCCUCCUAUUGCAAAGCCUCGACGAGAAGUCCAGCAGGAAUCUUCGCGAACUUCAGGCGUCUACUCCGAGUCGAGGGAUGCCCGCGGCUCCCAAAGUUUGCAGGAGACACUGCAAGCAACAUUCAGCGCCAAUGGUUCAUACAAUAUCUCGCCGCCAGUCGCACCUAUUGACAGCGAAGGGAGCAUCUCUGACAUGCAAACUGUUAUUUAUAGCAAAAAGCGCCCCCGGAUUCAGAACACUCGCAGAAGUACAAGUCAGGAAGGCUCUGAGGCUGUCGCGAUAGCCGAUACCCCAAUAUCCAAUGGCAUCACAGCGGUUCCCACCAUAGCUCGGCGAAAAGCUGCGCCUGCCAUUCCUUACGACUCUGUGCAAAAUGUUAUUGAUGCUGCAUUGGACACUCGGGUAGCCAAAAUUACUUGGCGUCGUCGGCGCCAUACCACAGGGUAUGACACCAACGAAAAGUCGCAGGACGGAACUUCAAGGACGAAGUGCUUUCCCUUCGAAGACGCCAUUUUGGACUUCGAUGUUCCAACCCCCGCACAUCAGGGAGAUCACCACAGUGAAAUGAAGUCGGGGCUAGCUUCAGUCGAGGAUGAACGCCCCUCCUUGCCGCACAAAUUUACGCGAAUGCUAGACGGUGUUCAAACUACCGUUCUUCUACAGCAAUCUAGAGGGGAGAAAUUCAAUGAACGACUGGAUGCAAUGUUCGGAGACGCAGACACACCUCGCUCGCCUGAUGGACUAACUACUCGCGUAAGUACCAUGCAUCGCAGACUAGAAACGAACUCGAGCUGAUAUGUUGUAACCACAGGCAACCUCAGAUUCGGCGUUUAUCUUCGUGCCGGUGCACGAGG